AUGGCCGGAUUUUUCAACAAGAUUAAAAACGCCAGCACGCCGUCGACAGCGCAAACCACCAAAGAUGUGGUACCCAAGAAGAAGGAUGAGAUCUUACCAGAAUUGACCCCUCUCGAGAAGAUGCUGCUGAAUGCAGGCCCCUUACGAGAGGAUGGAACUGACAAGUUCUUUGGUUUCGAAAACUUUGGAAACACCUGCUAUUGUAAUUCCAUCGUACAGGCGUUAUUCUAUUCCGAUCUGUUUCGAGAAAGCGUGAUCAACUAUCCGUCGCUAUCACCAUCCGGAACCCCCAAUGGCAGUCGACCAAAGGUUAACGUCACUAUUCGCCCACCAAUGCCGGCACCCCCACCUCAACAGCAGAAGAAGGGCAUCAGCAACAAGGAAGCAACAAAACAAAGACAAGCCAUCAACUCCGGCCAGCCCGCACCCGGCCAAACUGCUAUCAAGCCUGAAGACAAGCCAGAUACUCCUGAAUACAAAAAGAAGCAGGCCAUGCUCAAAGGCCCAAUCCUAGAGCUGGCGCAAGAAAAUGCUGUAGGGUACGGCAUGGAUGAAUGCACCUUCACAGGCCUCAAAGAUAUCUUUCUGGCAGUCCUUCAGAGCAGCACUCGAACAGGGGUCCUGAGUCCUCAGCGUUUCCUCGAGAUAUUUAAGCGCGAUAACGAAAUGUUCCGGAAUUCCAUGCACCAGGAUGCCCACGAAUUUUACGGCCUCGUGUUAAAUGAUGUCAUUGCUAAUGUCGAAGCAAAUGCGAGAAAGAUCCAGGAGCAGCUGGAUAUCAAAGGCAAUGCUGAGCUUACGCAGUCGGUACAGAACGCCUUGGGAUCUGCGCUGAUGAAUAAUAUGACUGGUUACCGCACUCCCGGGACGGGUUGGGUUCACGACAUCUUUGAGGGUGUGCUGACUUCGGAGACGAAGUGCUUGACUUGUGAGACGGCGUCACAGAGAGACGAGACUUUCCUCGAUCUGUCCAUUGAUCUCGAACAACACUCAUCGGUCACAUCUUGUCUACGAAAAUUCUCGGCCGAAGAGAUGCUCUGUGAGCGGAACAAAUUCCACUGUGAUCAUUGUGGUGGUCUGCAGGAGGCUGAAAAGCGAAUGAAGGUCAAACGCUUGCCCAAAGUACUCACUCUGCACCUCAAGCGAUUCAAGUACACCGAGGAUUAUAGCCGUCUCCAGAAACUGUUCCACCGUGUUGUCUACCCCUAUCAUCUGCGUAUGUUCAACACCACAGACGACGCAGAGGACCCUGAUAGGAUGUAUGAACUCUAUGCUGUUGUCGUCCACAUAGGUGGCAACGCGUAUCAUGGCCACUACGUCUCCAUCAUCAAGACCAAGGAUCGCGGUUGGGUCCUAUUCGAUGAUGAGAUGGUUGAGCCUGUUGAUAAGCACUUUGUGCGCAAUUUCUUUGGCGACAAGCCCGGUAUGGCGACUGCCUACGUUCUCUUUUACCAAGAAACUACCUUUGAGAAAGUCAGGGAAGAGCAAGAGAGGGAGGGGAUGGAGGAGGUGAAGUUAGCGACGCAGGCUGCUAAUAUAGCACAAGAUGAAAACGGAGACAAGCCAGAUACAGCACCUCUGAAGCGGCAAGUAACACAACCUGUUGUAAUGCCAGAGCAUGAGUCUCUAGCAACUCUCGCACAUGCCGCUACAGCUACUGGAGUGCCAUUACCAACUUCGCCCAUCAUCGAAUCACCAAAAAUACCCGAGAUGCCGUUUGUCGGCGUGUCAGGUGUUAGCCUCACCGGCAAAAGUGCUACCAAAAUAGAAACAAAAUCCAGGGACGACUUGAAACGAGAGAAGAAAGAGCGCGAGGCUGCUGAAAAGGCAGCCAAGCAAGCUGAAAAGGAGAAAGAGAAACUCAGAGAGAAACAGGUUAAAGAAGACGACAAGAAGCGAAGAGAAGAUCAUAUCAAAGCUCUACAAGCUCGAAGGAAUGAGCAAGAUGAGCUACAAAAAGUGCUAGAAGCUAGCAAGAAGUCUGCAGCCGUCGAAGAGGCCGCCAGAAGGAAGGAAGAAGGCGGAUCUUCUGGGUUCCUUGAUCGGUCUAAGCGAGGUAGCAAGUCCAUGUCGAAGCGGAGUUUCAGCUUUUUCAAGGACAGGAAUAGCUCCCUGGAUACUACAAUGAAUGGCGAUGCUCCAGAAAAAGAAAAAGAAAAAGAGAAGAAAGGACGCAUGAGCAUUGGUCUAGGCAGGAAGAAGAGCUCACCCUUCCUAGCAUAA